UUGCUGUGGUACGGAGUUUUGUGUCUUUCAUAUGUAGUGGAGUACAGUUAGAGAAAUAAGCGAUGGAGAAUUGUUAAGCAAUGUGCGUUGCCGAAAAAGGGGCAUGGCAUAUUCCAAAGAUGUUUGUGUGAGCAACGACGAAGUUUCAUUGCAAUGCGAGUGGGACAAUUGUGAGCAUGUCUCCAACGACGGCUCCGAGUACUAUAUGCAUGUGAAUGAACACCUGAAGGUAGUGCAAUACACAGACAGGUGUUUAUGGCGAGACUGCUGCGCAUCAGUAGGAGCUCAACUGAAGCAACACGUUCUCUUCCAUGCGUUUCAUUGCAAACUAAAGUGCAACGGAAGGAACUGGAUUCAGAAGACAGGCGCAAAAUCCUGUCUCCUUGACAAGCAAACACGAAACGUCGUCCCUGACUUGCCCGAGAAAUUUAUCUGCCAGUGGGAAGGCUGUGACGACGAUACUGAAUUUCAUAACCCCGAAUGUUAUUAUGUUCACGUCUCGAUCCACGCUGAAACGAAGGGCAUACAAUGCAAGUGGAAAGGAUGUGACGUGGAGCUGCGCGGUGCCCCCAAGUUGCGCGAGCACUUGCGCUCGCACACGCAGGAAAAAAGGGUGGCAUGUCCCACAUGUGGGGGGCUCUUUGUGUCACGAACGAAGUUGGGAGACCAUCUUUCCCGUCAGCUUCCUCCAGCAGCCGAGCUUAGCUGCAGUUACUGCAGAAGAGGAUUCAGCUCGGAGCGUCUUCUACGCGACCACAUGCGCCAUCACAUCAACCACUACAAGUGCCCCAAGUGCGACAUGACAUGUCCUUCCCCUUCAGCUCUCAAGUACCACAUUCAGUGCCGCCACACUCAGCUGCGACCCUUUGUCUGCCAACUGUGUGACUAUUCAACCAAACUGGUGGGCGACUUCCGCAAGCAUCACGAAUUGCACCACUCGGAGGAGGUCAAACAGUGCCAGAGCUGUCAGUACGUCGCCAGCAACGCUUCCGAACUACGCAAGCACUUGCGUUCGGUGCACACGGUGGAUGCGGAGCGCAGUGUUUACGCGUGUCACCUUUGCUCGAAACAGUACUCCAAGGGCCACACGCUGUCUCGCCACCUAGUCUCCCAGCACCAUUUCCAGUGGCCGUCCGGACACAAACGUUUCACGUACUGCCGUGGAAAGGACAACGUGUUCACAUUGCAGACGGUCCGUUACGAGAGCCUCGAGCUCACCGAAGGUGUCGUGCGCGAUGAUGGCCCUGCCGUCGAGGAGCGAGAGAUGGAAACUGUGUCUUGAGAAUAUUUAAGUUUGCAGAUAAACCCGCGGUUCAGCUUUGUAGAUAUACAUCUUCCAUGGCGUUGAACGUACAGGUUCGUGGAAUGCAAACAGGGUGGGGUAGGUGCGAAUAAGGUUACAGUUCCUCGAGUUUCAGGUGAAACAGACGCAUUGCAGUCUGUAGGAUGAGACUGAUAUAUAUAUACAUGGUCUGUUUUGUAGUGAUGGCCAGUAGUUAACUACAUGUAGUUAAACUACCUGAUUGUAGUUAAAAAGUAGUUAUCAACUACUUGCAGAAAUGUAGUGUGCAACUACUAGUUAAACUACUAUUUCGAGUAGUUAACUACAGUAGUUAGGUUACUGCGGGUGCCAACCACUUCCGAUUUUGCCGCAAGCUUCACGGCAGGAUUGUGUUUCCGACUUUUACCUUGAGCUACUUGUCUGAUGAGAAUGGAGGUGCAGAGCAAUUGUGCCGUGCAUGUGUACUAAAUCUUCACUUUUAUCACUGCUUGUGAUUCAUAUUUAGGUGCCCAAGAACACUAUAGAAUGGGAUUGCUGUUGAUGGACAAUGUUAAGUAGUUAUAGAUGUAGUUAAAAUACCGUACAUUGCAGUAGUAAAAGAAGUAGUCUUAACAACCUCCCCUCAAAAGUAGUUGAACUACUAGUUAAACUACUCCAUCGCGAAGUAGUUAGUAGUUAUAGUUAAACUACUGUAGAAGUAGUUAGUGGCCAUCACUGCUGUUUUGUGUCCCUCUUUUUCAUGAAACUCACUGGAAUGUUAUUCCACAUUACCUUAUUCCAUGUACGUGUUCAGUCACAUUUUGUGAGUGUUUGGACAUUUUGAUCGUUGGGAAGAAACCUCUCAAGCGCUUGUCACCGUGACAUUCUGGAAGUCACAUUUGUCCAACACGUUGGUGCAGUUCCCUUUGCUGCGGCUAUAGAGAUAUGAUUAGAAGCACAUAUCUUCUAAGUUGUGACUGGUGAAAUGAAAGGUGAGCUGUUAUAUCAGGCUAUGACUUGCAUAACCUUGCAUUUAGAUGCUACAUGAACUUCUGGGCAAAUGUAAGUGAUACUGCCUUACUUCGUACCAUUACAAUCUGGGAUGGCGCCCCGUGGGACCCAAGGCCUGUAGUAACCAUAUAAAGAAGUGCUUGGACUGUGUUAUCAAGACGUGAGGAGGGGUCCAGGGCAUGGCCCAUCCCCGGGGGGUUCGAAGAAUUUCCAGGGAAAAUUGGCACUGUACAUUGUUUUGCCACGGUCGAGAUGAAAAUAUUCUUGUGUUUUAGACGAACAACCCAGAAUCGCUAGCGAUAGCGAUAAGAACAAGUUUUCUUUCCUUUUUUUUCUUUCUUUCUACCGUGAUUAUUGUCCAGGUGAGCCAAGGGCUUAAAUAUGACAUGACCCCAUGUUUUGUAGGUGUGGAAAAGGCAGAAAAUGAUAGGUACGUAAUAAAAUAUUAGAAA